CCAUGGUAACAGCCGCACAACACACAGCAUGGAAGACGACAUACAAGACGAGGUAAUGAUGGUGGUCUUGGGACUGUUGUUGACAGAAAAACCCCGAACUAAAAAAAAGAAUAGAAUUUGGAAAAAAGCCUGGCGACAGCGUGCACGAGGACUUUAUAGUCCAACGAGCGAGCUCGAGGUUACUGACAGACAAGGCUUCCAGGGACUGCUGAGGAUGAGCGCAGAAGAGUUUGACUACGUUCUUCACAAAGUAGCCCCGCUGAUUACCAAAAAGAAUACAAGAUGGAGAUUAGCCAUCACUGCUAAGGAGAGACUGGCCUUAACUCUCCGCUACUUGGCAACAGGAGAAUCGUUUGCAUCCCUGAGUUUCCACUUCAGGUUUGGUGAAUCCACAAUCUCCAUGAUUGUGAUAGAAACAUGCAAGGCCCUUCAUCAGACACUUCGAGAUGAAUAUCUAAAGACACCCACUACAGUAGAGGAAUGGUUGGACGUCGCCAAAGACUUCCAUCACCAGUGGCAAUUUAACCAUUGCCUCGGUGCGAUCGAUGGCAAACACAUAAUGAUACUACCACCUGCACACAGUGGGAGCACCUUCCGAAAUUAUAAAGGACGAUUCUCUGUGCUGAUGAUGGCAGUUGUUGAUGCGAGGUACAUGUUCAGGUACAUCAGUGUGGGAGCACAGAACAGAGCAUCUGAUGCAGGAGUGUUUCCGGGGUCAGAUUUCGAGCAGGCCCUUGACAGCGGUCUCCUCAACCUCCCUGCAGCGGAUCUGCUUCCAGGCUCCGACAUCCAGGCCCCUUAUGUGUUCCUUGGAGACAAUGCCUACCCUCUGCGCCUAGACCUUAUGAAACCAUACGCGUCCCGCCAGAUGGACCAUCAACAGAGAGUCUUUAAUUACAGACUUUCUCGUGCGCACAGAGUGGUCGAAAAUGGAUUCGGAAUAUGGGAAAACAGGUGGAGAGUAUUCCACAACCCUAUACUGCUGAACCCUGACAAGGUGCAGAAGAUGGUUUUUGCUACUGUUUGUCUCCACAACUAUUUGUGUGCGGUGAGGUCUGACACAUACGCACCUCCAGGGCUGACUGACACGGAGGAUGAAAACCACAGGCCUGUGGACGGUACCUGGAGAGCUGAUGGCCUGGGAGCCAUGCUCCCUCUUCAACCAGGAAGAUGUGGCAACAGCUCCAUGGCUGCCAAAGCACUGAGAGACGACCUGAAGAGCUACUUCGUUACACCAGCAGGCCGGGUUCCCUGGCAGGAUGACUACAUAUAGACUCUUCCGAAGAAAAAUACAGGAGACUAUGUUUGUUUAGAAAUACUCGCCAAAUCAAACAUUUCUUUAGUACACAUUCUUCUGCAAAAUAAUAGUUUUGGCAACCUUCCUAAGAAAGCAUUUUCUGGUGUUUUUUGUCCUUCUGGUAUCAGUGAAUGGAGCAACAGUCUGAUCACCUGAUGCCUUGAACUUUAUUUGUGAAUAAUGGCAAACAGAAAAACACAUAUUUGUCUGGUCAUCAAAUGACAUGGAAACAUUGUCACAUAAAUCUUCCCAAAAUAAACAGAAAAUAUUUUCAU